AUGGGUGCCACUCCAUCCACCACAACAGCGCCUAGUGAGCUCUCUGAUGAUGCCGCGCCGCGGGCGGAUGCGGCAAUAGAAGAUCGGUUCGAAUACGUGUUGGCGUGCGCGAAGCGAGCCGGAUUCGACGGAUUCGACGCAAUGGCAUUGCAAUAUUAUGCGCACAACUUUGACGGGAGGUCGCCGUUGGCGCUGGAGCAGCGGCUGAGCCGUAAUAGGCAGCUUCCGCGGCUCCUGAGCGAGUUGAGCCGUCGGUCGGGAUCGUGGAGUGCGUGGCAGCGGUCCGGCUUCCUGGAUGAAACACUCAAGGCGGCCGAGCAAAUAUGCGCGCGGGAGUGCGGAGAGUACCGGGCGGCGGAGAGAGAGAGGGAAACGGGGAUGGGCACACCCGAGAGCAUGGAUGAGAUGCCAUUGGAGGAUAGGGUGAGUUCAGAUUCCAACCGUUCUCUCAAAGCGUUCCCGGUUUACUGA